UGUCCCGACCCCAACCAAAACCUUCCCCUUCCCUCCUCUCUGCAAACACUCUUCGCCCGUCAAGAAGAAACCCCAUGGCCACCAUCAUCACCAUGGCCACCUUCCCGUCUCCCAAAACCGCCCCGCAGGCCCAGGCCCCGGGCUCUCGCCUGACCGUCGCGUCGUUCGCGGCACGGGCGGUGCGCGCGCAAGGCGGCCGGCGGCUUGUGGCCGUGGCGGGCUCGGCGUCGACGCCGCCGGAGCUGGCGCAGAAGGUGACGGAGAGCAUCAAGCAGGCGGAGGAGACGUGCGCGGGGGACCCCGAGGGCGGCGAGUGCGUGGCGGCGUGGGACGAGGUGGAGGAGCUCAGCGCGGCGGCCAGCCACGCGCGCGACCGCCAGAAGGACAGCGACCCGCUCGAGGAGUACUGCAAGGAAAGUCCCGAGUCCGACGAGUGCCGCACCUACGAGGACUAAGCCGGUUCAGCCGCGUGAGCUCCUGCCAUUGCCGUCAGGGCUGGCUGCACAUUGGCAUCUUGGGCGUGUAAGUUUGGUUUCUUGCUUAAUUUGGCUUGGCUUGCAAUAAAGCGAGGUUUGUUAGUUUGUUGAAUUAUUGAAUUAUUAAAAGAAAAUGUUUAGGAGCUGCCGCUGUGAUCCCAUGAGCGUGAGUGCUAGCAUGCUGAAUGCUUGAGACAUGCACUUGGAUGUUAACAUUUGUAUUGAUAAUAAAUUUUGAUACCGUUAAUAAUCUUUAAAAUCA